CCACGCGUGCACGUUCGGAGGCCACAGUCCCUGUCCUGAGCUGACUUCCACAAAGAGGCGUGAAAGUCCCGGCCUGGCUGGAGACUGUGGGAAGGACGGAUCGAUCGGCUCCCUCCCGGACACAGGUUGUCACUGCCACAUGGCUGGACAGCAGCCUCCCCACAGGGCAGAGUCCAGGGCAGCUCUGCUCAGCUGGAGCCCCACUGAAUCCGCCCCGCCAAUCCCCUCCAGCCGGCAGAAAGUGGCACAGUACUAAAAAGGUUGAUUUGUCCACCAUGACACUACUACUUGGCUAUGUCAAACUGAGUGACUCCACCUUCGCAGCUGCGGUCCUUUGCAUUGCUUUUAACCCUCUUUUCUGGAAUGUGUUUCAUGGAAGCCCUGAGGAGCCAGCCAAAGCUGGAAGGUCUGGAUUGCCUUUCUGUCUACUACGCAGGCUUGGCUGUUCUGGGAAUAGGGCUCCUGUUCGUCAUCUCCAGUUUUUUAGCACUGGGCUUCAUCGGGACGUUUUUGGGCGACUACUUUGGCAUCCUGAAGGAGGAGAAGGUGACAAGUUUCCCAUUUAAUGUAAUGGACAAUCCCAUGUACUGGGGCAGCACUGCCUGCUAUCUAGGCUGGUCCAUCAUGCAUGUGAGCCCAGCGGGUAUUUUGCUAACAGCUGUUGUGGCGGUUUCCUAUAUGAUCGCAAUACUGUAUGAAGGACCUUUCACGGAAGAAAUCUAUCAGCAGAAACAGAAGGCAACAAAGAACAAAUAACUGCAGGUGUGUUUGCAGAGUACUGAAAGCACAAGAGCGCAGUGAUUUCAGUGAAGGGAGUCGUCUGCUGGGCCAGCCACCUGCGCAAGAUAAUUUGACGGGAUAAGAGAACUCAGCCUGACUUCUAAUUAUGCCCUUCUCCAGCUUUGCAUUUGCUGCCUCUUUCUAAUCCCUCUCUCUAGUUCUCAAGUGAUUUUGAAGUUCAAGCUCCCACAAAACCCAUCUAAAAAGGCUUCUUCACAAUGAAUUUUGUUCCCACUUGGUUCCUAAACAGCCACGGCUGAAGUGUUUUGAUUAUAGACUUGAGCCUGAAAGAAAGGCAGAAAUCGGCAGGGAACCUUGAAGUUACACAUUUAAACUCUAUAAAUCUGCAAGAAAACCCCAGCGACUGUAUGCGGCUCAAAUGGGACCGGCGUGAUUAUGCAGAAGUGCACACACUCUCUUGUGAGCCUGCUUUGUGGACACGCGCAGCAGAUAAAGCCAUGCCUGUCGGCUUCAUUGCAAGUAGAGAGUGGGUCCUUCCAGACACACACGUGCCCUUGCUUGUGUGAGGGAAAACUCAGCCCCAGCGGCCUGGUUUUUAGAUUUGUUUUUAGACCCGAGCAAAAAAGAACUGUGCAAGUAGCUGGCUCGUCUGCCCACACAUUUACUGCCAUUGUACCUUUUCCCCGUCUUACAUCCACCAACGUUUGGUCGAGAUUUUCAAAAGUGAUUUGUGACAUUGGAGGCUCCAGUUUUCGAAUGCACAGAGGGAGACAUCGGGCCCCAUCACGUUGCCUAAAGUUGGGCAAAAAUCACUAGUCCCUUUGGCCACCGUUGGCCAAAGCUCACUUAAGCUUCUAGUCUACGCUGUAGCAUCAGUGCCUAUCAGAUUAGAUUUGCCACUGGUCCUACGAAGCAUGCCUCCUCACAUCCAAAGGAAACUGUGCGAUAAACGGAUCUCCAGAGCAUGCAGAAAGCAGAGAUUCCCAGGAUCCUGCUCGCUGGUGAUCGAUGGAUGGUGAUGGUGUAACGGUCUUUAUUUUUCUCUUUCUUUGUGAGACAGGUUUUUUCAGCUUCUGUACACGUGGUGUGGUUUGCUGGGCCCCUGGAUGUGUCAUUCGCCCAUUAGCCAAACAAUCCCCUUCUUGCCAACUAAUUAUACUACAGCGGUUGCAACAAUUAGAGAAACAGCCAGAAUCAGAGAGUUAAGCGAAUUCCUGGGGACCCAGGAGUUCUGCGUAGCUCAGUCUGUUCCUUAUGUCUCCUCCUUUUGCCCAGGCUCACCAAAGCUGCAGCAGAUACACAAAGGAAGUAGCUGAGAAGAAGAUUAUCUCAGAGAAAUAUCAUGCAGCACCUUUCAACCUUUCUCCCAUCCAUCCUGGCAGAAAACAAAACUAGUUUUUAGUGGCUAGAAAAACAAAACAAUCCCUCCCCCCCCACCCCAGCAAAACACAACCCAGCUGUAUUUUCUAAGGAAAGGCCAGUGAAAUCUUAAAUAGGGCCCUGGGGAGAUGUUUGUAAAUAGUUUCUCAGGACAGGAGCUGCCUCUCUCAGCCAAUCUUUCAUGCAGAUGUCACUGGAAGGAGACUGUUAAGUGGAGUGACUUUCAAAAGGCUGUACAGGAUUGAUGUCCAAGGUAUUUAGCUGGCACUCUGCACUUUUAAUACGGUGCAUUUAAUCUAGCCAUGAGCUGUAAUUGCACCGUUGGCUUGAAAAGUUGACACCUCUGAGUUGGCAGGCAUCCCAGCUUCUCUCAGUCCUGUGGUGACUUUGCAAAUAGCCCCUAUUGUGGAGGAGCGCAAAACACAGAAUGGCUCUGCCAGUCCGCUGAGGCAGAAGUUGAACUCUGGCGGAUAAGCCGAUGUCCCCCAGAAGGUGGCGCUCUGCUGCGUUUGAACCCACUUACCCAGCAAUGGAGACGGAAGGGGAGGCGUCUGCCAAGGCACUGGGAGAGGCGUGAGAGUAAGCACCAUGCGAUGAGUGGAUUUCACCAGGGGAAAUCAUGCAGGCAUCUCCAAAAAGGGAAGAUGACGGUGUUGUCUGGGGAUUAGGGCUGUCAGUCAGGGCACUGAAGUCUGCCACUCGCUCAGUGGAAGUAAGACACCGAAAUACCUUUGAAGGUCUGGGCUGUAGGGCUCAGUUAGAACCAAUGAAUCCUGGAAACCCAGUUGAAGUCUAGAGGAGCUGUAGCUUCCUGAUCAGUCGUGGCCUGUGGCUCCCACCUGUUAUGCUGACCCAACCCUCACAAGGCUUUUGUGAGGCUUACUUAAAUUGACAUGUAUAAAAUGUUUUGAGGUGCGGGGCUGAAAGAUGCCAUAGAAAGAUGCUGGGAGAAAGGUUCCAUGCAAAGAAUAGCAUCCCAGUUUGUUGUAGUCUGUACUGAGCUGCCUUUGGGCGGUUUCAUGGACCCUGUCUUUUUGUUCCUUUAACUGACUUGCUGCAUCUUUAUUGAGCAGUGUGAUUGCUGGCAGUACAGGAACAGUGUCUACUUGUUGGAUGCUUGAUCAAAGGGCAGGCAGGGUUCACUAUGCAGGGUGGACACACACACACAAUCCUUUUUGCAGAGAGGCUGCACUGAUGCUAAUGGUCUUUUCAUCUCUGUCCCGCUGGAGGAUGGGGGGUUGUUUGUCUUUCUUCUCUCUCUUUUUUUUUUUUUUUUUUGUUUGCAUUAACACUGAGCCAUCCCCUGCACACCAGGAAUUGAAAUCCUAGCCCUUGUGUCUAGCUCUUCAAAAGAUCCUGAGGCUUGAACUCAUUCUGAAUAGGAAGGGCCAAGGGUUAACGCUCCAGGCCUGAGUGAAUGAUGGUUUUGGGCUCCUGAGAUGGUUAGAGGCACUUUGAGAAGAAAGCCUUGUGAAGAGUCAGGUUUAAAAUGUAGGAAGAGAAAUGAAAGCUGCACGAAGAGGGGAGGGGCUUGCCUUGUUAUCGAGAGGAACUGGGGUUAAAACUGGAAACUUGGAGUUAGGACUCCUGGUUCUAUUCCUAGUCCCACGACUGUCCCCACUACAUGAUCUCAGGAAAGACACUCUCUCUCCAUACCACUCCCCUCCCCCCCCUUUGUGCAUCAGAAGUAAUAAUCUGAUCUCUGGUCCAGCAUUGUUCCGGGUAUUAAUGUUUGUAAAGCACUGAGAUCACUGACAGGAAAGCGCUUCAGCAGACCUUAGCUUUCUGAAGAACUUCAACACUUGGCAUUACUGAGCAUGAUAAUGUCCUUAGUAAAUCCCAAUAGUCCUUUUACUCCCUUUAUUGUCUGUCAUUGUGAUUCUGCUGCUAUCCUUGGUUCCUUGUGGAUUUCUUCUCUGAGGCCACGUCUACGCUCCAGGGAAGAUCUGCGUUGUUGCGAUUGAUCUUCCGGAGUUCAGUUUAGCGGGUCUAGUUAAGACUCGUUAAAUUGAACUCAGAGGGUGCCCCCAUCAGCAGCCAGUACUCCUGCUCCAGCUGUGAGUAAGGGAAGCCAACAGGAGCGUUUGCUCCCAUCAGUCUUGCUCUGCGGGAAUGGCAGGGAAACUCAAAUCUAGGUACGUCAACUCUAGCUACAUAAUUAACACAGCUAGAGUUGCGUAUCUUGAUUCGACCUUCCCUUUAAUGUAAACCAGGCCUCAGUCACAUCUAAACCUUCCUAAGCGAUUGCUCUGAUUCCUUCCAUACAGUCUAACCUUCAUCUGUUGAUUUCCUCUGUACAUUUCACUUCAAGUCUCUGCAAACUUUUACUUUCUGAACUGGCUCCAGCACCCAGAAACUUUACAUGGGUGCCAGGAAGGAGGGGGAAUAGUGCUAUGGCACAAAUGUUACUUUUUUUCUGCAAAUAAAAAUGAACCCCCUCCCCAACCUGUGCCAGACGACGUGUCAGCUGUUUCCUCCUCUUGAGUCCACCCCUUAAUAUAGUGGAAUAUCCUGUAGCUUUUGCAUGAUUGUGAUUUGCUCAGUUCUCUUUGUAAGUCACUGCCCUGAUGUUACCAAAAGAGAAUUAAAUCGAUUUUUUUGAAUCAAAA